AUGAAGAAGGUGGAGGUCCUGCAGAGGAGCGGGGUCAAGGCCGUAAUCAAGACUUGGUCCCGAGCGUCAAUGAUCAUGCCGGAGAUGGUAGGACUGACCAUUGCCGUGCAUGACGGACGAAGGCACGUACCCAUAUUUGUUACCGAGAACAUGGUGGGCCAUCGCCUUGGAGAAUUUGCCCCGACCCGGACCUUCCGGGGCCACUCCUCCAAGUCCGAGCGCACCACUCAGGUGAGGAACACCACUCCGGUGAGGAGAUAG